AUGCUCCUCUUAGCGACCAAGACAACAUGGAAGAAGAUUUUCAUCUGGGCUUCGAUCCCAUGCCUUGCCCUGACAAUGUAUGCUGCCUACAAAGACCAUACCAACCACAUGGCACACGAUCGUCCGGAAUUCGUUGAAUAUCCUUACCUCAACGUCAGAAACAAGCCUUUCCCAUGGGGAGAUGGUAACCACUCAUUGUUCCACAAUCCUCGGGAGCAGUAUGUGCCCGGCGUUGGAUUCGAGGAGGAACGAAAAAAGCACUAG